CAAACAUACCAUCUUGUAGAAAGUCGAAUUCUCCAUCGAUUAGUAUGGCCUUCCAUUUCUAUUAGGAAAAAGUGUCUAGGUGAGGAAAUUGAAAAUACAGUCUUCAAAAAAUGUAAAACUGGAUUUUCCGUGCCAAAAUUCAACUUUUUAAAAAAACUAAUGUGAGAUUCGUAAUCAGCGCCAGAAACUGCAUCUAGUGGUAUGCUCCUCUCAGUUCUACUCUAAAAUAAUUUUUUCAAAAACUUGAUCAGCGAAGUCUCGAGUGGACAAGCCGCGGAGUUGAACUGGAGUUGAGAUUUUUGUUGAGAGAGUUGGAGUUGGAGUUGAAAAAUUUUGAGCGGAGUUGGAGUUAGAGUUGGAGUAGGAAAUUUGAAAACGGAGUUGAGUUGGAGUGGAGUUGGAGUUGAAAGUCAGAGGAGUUGCCCAGCCCUGCAUUGGACACUCAUACACCUUCUCGUUCACCUACAUCAGCAUUUGUAAUUUUAACUCCACCACCUUUAGUUUUGGGAUCGAAUACGCCGUUAAGAAUAAUGAAUUCAUCAACAAUACUAACAGUUCCCACAGCAUCACAGACAAAAACUGCUGAAAUGCAUGAAUUAUCAAUCGUUGAUAGAAUAGAACGGUGGCGUAAUGCACAAAAAGCUGGUGCCAAAUUAACAAAUGGUGAUGAUUACAAAAUAACAAUUACAAGUAGUAAGGGUACAAUGUCAGCAGCCGUUGCUUGCCUUGUGGAUCAUCGAUCACAUUGA